UCGUAAUAGUUCAUCUCACAUCUCCACCUCAUCACUUCAUCAUCAGCAGCAUCAACAAAAAGAUCAUCACCAUCAUCAGGAACUCACUUGACUGCACGCUUGCCGGUUUCCACUCAGACGUGACUCCUGCAACAACCAUGACAUCUUAUGAGCCCCCUGCCAAGAGGAUCCUGCACAGUGGUUACUUCAAUCCUACACUGCGGCAAUGGCAGUCUUCCAAUACUGAGAUCCACCCGUGGAACCUGAUGUAUCCUAUCUUCAUUGUUGAUGAACCAGAUGCUGUUCAGCCAAUCAGCAGCCUUCCUGGGGUGAGCCGUUAUGGAGUCAAUAAGCUUGUUGAUGCUUUGACACCAUUGGUGCAGAAUGGCCUCUCAUCUGUGCUUCUGUUUGGAGUGCCAACCAAUAUGCCAAAAGAUAAGACUGGGACAAGCGCUGAUACCCCAGACACACCAGUCAUUGUGGCUAUCAGGCUGCUGCGUGAGGCAUUUCCAAACCUUGUAGUGGCAUGUGAUGUGUGUCUGUGUGCAUACACUGACCAUGGCCACUGUGGCAUCCUGAACGAGAAUGGAACCAUAGACAAUGCCAGCAGCAUCAAACGCCUUGCACAGCAGGCCACAUCCUAUGCUAAAGCAGGUGCUCAAAUUGUUGCUCCAUCUGACAUGAUGGACGGCAGAAUUGGUGCAAUCAAGGCAGAGCUGAAGGCAGCCGGUUUGAGCAGUCAAGUGUCAGUCCUCUCUUAUGCUGUCAAAUUUGCGUCUUCCUUCUAUGGCCCAUUUAGAGAGGCUGCCAAGUCUGCCCCAGCCUUUGGUGACCGGCGAUGCUACCAGCUGCCCCCAGGAUCAUCAGGAUUGGCCAAGAGAGCUGCUGAGCGUGAUGUGGAGGAAGGAGCAGACAUGCUGAUGGUGAAGCCAGGCAUAUCUUACCUUGACAUUGUGAGGCAGACCAAAGACAGCUACCCUCAGCACCCUCUCUUUAUCUAUCAGGUAUCAGGAGAGUACGCUAUGCUGUACCAUGGGAGCCAAGCCGGUGCUUUCAAUCUGAGAACUACACUCAUGGAAGUCCUCACCAGCAUGCGGCGUGCAGGUGCUGAUGUCAUCAUUUCAUACUACACUCCAAAGAUCCUUGAUUGGCUGAAGGAAGACAAGAAUAGUGCUUAAUGGAUUCUUGUGGCAAAACAGUACAGACACUGGGAGCAACAUUCUAAGGAACAAAUUAAUGGUAGUUGUUAUUAUAAUUUGUGUGAAUGGCAGCUGGUUUUAUUUUCUUAUGUGAAUGUUUGAAAUAGUGUACUGACAAGGCACUGACUUACAUAAUGUAUCUAUGGAUAUAUAUAUAUGAUUACAUUAACAUACUCCUGUUUGUGUAAUUUCAGUGCACAAAGCAGAUUUUUCUAUAACAAAGUCAAGCAAUAAACAACUUUUGGGAGCUAUUUUGUCCUGUACUCAAAGUCAAAUAUUUUAUAUAAAAUUUUGCAUGUCAAGAAACAGUAUUAAAGAAUACUUAAUGUUUUGUGAUAUGAAUGUUUGCCAUGUUCAAAUGCUUUUUACAAGAGUAUUUUCUAUAAAUGAACAGCAACUGUACAUAAUAGUUGUACUUGUGAACAGUUUUGUAUGGGCUCUCGGUAGUGUUCUGAUGUGGUGACGGUGCGCACACUUGGCAUUAUAGUACUUUGGUAGUAUCCAUAAGAUAGUCACAUGGUUUAUGUAUGAAGUAGAGAAUAUGUAGCAUUAUGCAUUGUUCCAGAUUUUGUAUGUGUUUUAUGAAAAAUACAAGAAGCACUUUGUAACAUUCUGUCUUCCUGUUGUUAUUUGUAUAACCAAAUAAACAUGUGUAAAAGUAUUUUGUGAUGAACUUGUCUUCAGAAUAAACUGUUACUUAGUGCAAUGAAUCUUCAGCUGUUGCAGUCUUGAUAUUUUGUAUGUGGUUGUUGCUGGCUGUGAUAUAUAUAUUUUUCUGAAAAUUAUGAAUUAUAAACUGUUUAUUGUGUGCUGAAUGCAGGCCAUGUCAAAUAGAAGAAUAAGUUUAAUUGUAAUAGGUGUUGAUCUUGUGAUAACAUGAUUAUCAUGAAACAAGAACUCAUUAUAUUCUGUAAAUGAAACGAUUACUGAUGUGAUCAUUGUUUCACUAGAAUAGAAUAAAUUGGUUAAUGAAGAA